CCGCACCUGCGUCUUGAGACCUCUCCCCGCCUCCCUCCCCUCCUUCCUGAUCUAUGAUUCCUGACUCCCCCUAAGAUGCUGAGACAAGGCCCCUUCCUCCUCCUGGCUGCGUCCAUGUCGUAUUUCAACCCUGAGAAAGCGUUGGCAGCGCCUUCGGAAAAUGAUGGUUUAUCCCAGGGCCGCGCACCCCUGGCCCCUCCUUAUGCUGUGGUCUUGAUCUCCUGCUCAGGACUGCUGGCCUUUAUCUUCCUCCUCCUCACCUGUCUGUGCUGCAAGCGUGGCGAUGUGGGGUUCAAGGAAUUUGAGAACCCUGACGGAGAAGAAUAUUCUGGAGAGUACACGCCACCUGCAGAGGAGACGUCCUCCUCUCAGUCUAUCCCAGAUGUCUACAUUCUGCCUCUCUCUGAGGUCUCGCUCCCAUCCUCCAACCAACAGAUGCCCAAAACAGAUCUGGUGAAACACCUAGGACUCAGCAGACAGCACCUCAGUUAUCUGCAGGAGAUUGGAAAUGGCUGGUUUGGGAAGGUAAUUCUGGGCGAAAUAUUUUCGGAUUUCACCCCUGCCCAGGUGGUAGUGAAGGAAUUACGGGUGAGCGCAGGGCCGCUGGAGCAGAGGAAAUUCUUGUCAGAGGCCCAGCCCUAUCGCCUCCAGCAUCCAAACAUCUUGCAAUGCCUCGGCCUGUGCACGGAGACCAUCCCCUUCUUGCUUAUCAUGGAAUUUUGCCAGCUGGGAGACCUGAAACGUUACCUUCGAGCUCAACGCAAAUCGGAUGGGAUGACCCCUGACCUGCUGACCCGUGACCUUAGCACGCUACAGCGCAUGGCCUAUGAGAUCACACUGGGAGUACUGCACUUGCAUAAAAACAACUACAUCCAUAGCGAUCUGGCACUUCGGAACUGCUUGCUGACCUCUGACCUCACAGUGAGGGUCGGAGACUACGGGCUGUCGCACAACAACUACAAGGAAGACUAUUACAUCACUCCAGACCGGCUCUGGAUCCCUUUGCGUUGGGUUGCUCCAGAGCUCUUGGAUGAGAUGCACGGGAACCUCAUGGUUGUGGAUCAAACCAAGGAGAGUAAUGUCUGGUCUAUGGGGGUGACCAUUUGGGAGCUUUUUGAAUUUGGGUCCCAGCCUUACCGGCACCUCUCUGACGAGGAGGUGCUGACAUUCGUCAUCAAGGAGCAGCAGAUGAAACUGGCCAAGCCACGCCUUAAGCUUCCUUACUCUGACUACUGGUAUGAGGUGAUGCAGUCCUGUUGGCUCCCGGCUUCCCACCGCCCGACCAUGGAAGAGCUGCAUCUGCAGGUGAGCUACCUGUUGAAUGAGCGCUCCAACGCUCAGGCGGAGGAGAGCUUCGAAUGGCGCUGGAGCGCCUUAAAGCCCAAGCGCUCCUCCUCCGCCUCCUCCCCGCCUCCGGCCUCCUCUUCCUCAGCCCGCCACCGCCGCUCGUCAGAAGAGAUCUCGGCCUACCCACUCCUGGACGGCUUCCACGGUGGCGACAUGGACGACAUUCUGACGGUGACGGAAAGCAGCGGGGGGCUGAACUUUGAAUACAUGUGGGAGAAGGCCCGCCUGGGACGAUGGAAGGGCCCUGCUUCGGCCCCGCCCGAGUACCCCUCUAGCAAUGGGGGGCUGGCUGUACCGGGCGGCAACCCUUUCUACGAACAGGCUGUGCAGCGCGGGCACAGCCUGGAGACCCCCAGUGUCGUGCCGGUGAUCAGUGCCCGCAGCCCUUCAGUCAGCAGCGAGUAUUACAUCCGCCUGGAAGACCACGGCAGUGGGGAUGGGCCCGUCUGCGCCCCCAGCCCUGGCUCACCACCCCAGCCUCUCUUCCCUUCCGAUUGGGACUGCCCUGGUGCCUCCUAUCGGCCGCAGGAACAGCCCAGCACCAACCCCUUCUUGGCGGGCAGCAGUGGCGGUGACAGUAACCCCUUCCACGUGGACGGUGAGAUCCAAGAGACGUCACUGACUGAGACGCCAACCGCAGGGGGGGAAGCUUUCCUUGCUGAGUCCCUGCUCACGGUGUACCGUGAACUGGAGGACCAGCAACGUAGCUGGGACGCAGAGAUGAUGGAAGAACGAGGGGCUGGGGAGACGCUGGCAGGGGACCCUUCGGAGUUCCAGGGCUCGCCCUCCUGGGAGCAGGAGCCUUCGCUGAUGGAGGACCAGAGCUCCGGCAGCAGCACCGACGGGGGCGGCAGCAGCAUUGGCGGCGGCCGCCGCAACCUCCUGCCCUGCCCGCUCUGCACCCGGGUCCGCUGCACGUGUGCCCUUCCUCGGGGGGACGUGGUGAGCAGCUGGAGCAACCACGGUCCCCCCCUGCGGCGCCCUCACCACGACAGCUAUGGCACCGAGGAUGACUCCUCGCUGAAGGUGGAGCGGGGCUCUCUCUCUGACUGCCCCAUGCUGCCCCCGAGGGACUGUGAGGGAGACGGCGGGGAGCGGGGCGAAUUCUACGACCCGCUCAUGGGCGCCGCGGUGAAGACCUACGAGCUUCAAGACUACCCAAAGCAGAGAGGCGGGGGAAGCGCCCGUCCACCCGGAUCCCCCUUCCCAGCGAUGUCGUCUGGCUGCUGCCAUGUGAUUGUUCCCAUAGAGAUCCCGCCACUGUCCACGCUGGCUGAGAGCAACGACGAGGAGACGAUUGCCAUUCUGCCAGAAGUCAUCGAUGGCUUCUCCGCCGGCCCUGCCACCCUCAGCCUCUCCCCAGCGGCCCCCGACCGGCAAAGGGGAACCCUCGAUUCGGUAGAUUCCCUGGACAUUCCUUCCAACACCAGUUCCUCGGAUGUCUGCAGCCCCGCAUCCCACUACUCCUCUCCAGGGCAAAAAUUUGGUGACAGUGGCUACGAAACAGAGAGCACCUUCUCGCCUGAGUUCAUCUUCAAAGAGGAGCCGCCGCCGCCACCGUCCGGAGAAGAGGCAGAACUCGAGGCCGAAGAGGAUUCCGGCAAGCUCCCGACAACGCCCAUCUCUCAGUCCACUAGUGACCUGACCUUGUCGGUGAGUGAAGAAGGGGCGGAGCUAGAGGAAGAGGUGGGGAGGAGUUUGGGGCCAGCCACGCCGCAUCGUGACUCCGCCUACUUUUCGGACGGGGAGGCGGAACCUGCGGAGGCACCAGCUAUUGCUGUUGCUGGAAACAGGGAGGAAAAACCCAUGGAGAAGCCCACUAUGGAUGGAGGCUUUGUAGUCCAGGUGUGCAAGGAACAGCUGCUGGUCACACUGCAAGAGAACGUCACGCGCAAGCUGCUGUGUGGCCAGCGGAUGCCAACACUGGGGCUGACUCCGGUUGCCCCCUUGAAGGACCAGGCUGUCCUCAGGCUGUGGACCAUGGAGCCAGAGGAAAGGCAAGAGAUGGAGGAGGAGGCGGAGGAGGCCACGCAUAGCCACAACGGGGAUGCGGUGGACUCCCAGUGGCCCAAAGGCGUGGAAGAUAAAGUGGAGGAGGAGGAGGAGGAGGAAGAGGAGGAGGAACAUGAAGAGGGAUGCGCAGAACCUGAAGAGAUGUGGCCAGAGGGCGAGGAAGAAAAAGGGAAAGACAGGGAGAUGCCUGACUGGGUGGAGACCCAAAGUGUAGCAGUGCCCAUUGUGGUAGAACUUCAAGGUGCCCAGGAAGACAGUUAUGUAGCAGCUGAGCAGGCCAAAAAGGAGCAGGAGCCCGGUGUCCCAAUGAACCAAGCUGGUGAAGAUAUCAAAGCCAAGUUGUCCCGCUUGUCUCUGUCGCUGCCCCCUCUGGCCUUGCAGACGUUCCCUCCGCUUGGCGGGGGAAGGAAAGGGCCGUUUUGGGAAGGAGCAGCUCUGGGGGAGGGCCCAGCGCUGGGAGGGAGAGAGGCGGCCACGGCGGCCGAGGAUGAGGAUGAAGAGGACGCCGAAGAGGAAGAGGAAGGAGGCUUGGCUGGAGGCGCAGGGAGGGCUGUCCCCAUUGUGGUGAGCGAAAGCGAUGAUGCUCGCAACUUGCGUGGCCUCCUCAAGUCGCCGCGCUCGGCUGAGGAGGCGGCUGCUGAGCUUGACCGCAAGCGAAAGAUGGUCUCCUUCUUUGAUGAUGUCACCGUCUACCUCUUUGAUCAGGAGACACCAACCAAUGAGCUGAGUUCCCAGGGAGCCCCCGACGGUGAUGCCCCCUCUCCGGGCUCAACAGCAGAACCGGGACUUGAUGCCUUCCCACCAGCUGAUGGCUUCAGUGGCAGCUUUGAGUGGGAUGACGAUUUCCCCCUGAUGGCUCAGAACCCGUCCUACGUCUCCAUGGUAUCCGACCCCAACGCAGCCAAGCCCCACCUAGCCAUGUCUUCCCCAAUGCCCAUGGCCCCUGCCUUGCUGCCAGCGGCCAAGAAGGCAGAGUCUGGCCUUGUGGACGCCUUGAGGUUCUCCCGCUUCACCGUCUCCCCUGCUCUGGAGCCUCAUCUUUCUCCAUCCUGUGACACCGAACUGGGACCCACAGCCGGCCCGAUUGAGAACUGAGAGACGAAGUAGCAGCCGGACAACG